AUGAGGAAAUACGGCUGGAACAGUUUCAAGGAUUUCAUUUUCAGGAAUCCUGCUGUCAUCGACCAGGAUCCACAUGUGGAUGAUGAUGAUGAGAAUACUGAGCGUGGGAACUGGGCCAGCAAGAAGGAGUAUAUCCUCUCUAUGAUCGGCUAUGCUGUUGGACUGGGAAAUAUCUGGAGAUUUCCAUAUUUGGCCUACAAGAAUGGAGGGGGUGCCUUUCUUAUCCCCUACUUUUUGAUGUUGGUGCUGGCUGGAAUUCCCCUUUUCUUCCUGGAAAGUGCCUUUGGGCAGUUUUGCAGCCAAGGUCCAAUUAACGUAUGGAGAUCAGUGCCAAUCCUGCAGGGUGUUGGCGUUGCCAUGGUUAUGGUGACUCUAAUAGUCUCAAUUUAUUAUAACGUCAUCAUUGCUUACAGCCUGUACUACAUGUUCGCCUCCUUCCAGUCUCCUCUGCCGUGGUCCAGCUGCCUCAGUUGGGCCAACAGCAACUGCAGCAACACUCCUAUAGUGUACUGCAAUGUAAGUGGUGUUUUAGUGACCAACUUGACUCAGGAAAACACCACCUGUCCUUCAUCCAACAUGAUCACAGUUCCAGUGCAGAGUCCGAGUGAGCAGUACUGGGAUCGUGUGGCUCUGCAGAGAUCCAGUGGUCUGGAUGAAACAGGGCCAGUAGUUUGGCACUUGGCCCUCUGUCUGCUGCUGAGCUCCAUAAUUGUUGCUGCAGCGCUCAUCAGAGGCAUCAAGUCCUCAGGCAAAGUUGUGUAUUUCACUGCUACUUUUCCUUAUGUGGUGAUUCUGAUCCUGCUGAUCAGAGGUGUGACACUAGAGGGAGCCAGAGAUGGGAUUGAGUUCUACAUUGGUUCCCAAUCCAAUUUGACUAAACUGACAGAAGCACAGGUCUGGAAAGACGCUGCAACUCAGACCUUCUACUCUCUCUCGAUUGGCUGGGGUGGAGUCAUAACUCUUGCUUCUUAUAACAACUUCCACAACAAUGUAUUCAAGGACUCAUUUGUUGUAACCCUUACUAAUGCUGGUACCAGUGUGCUUGCAGGCUUUGCCAUAUUUUCAAUCUUGGGUCACAUGGCUCACAUCUACAAAAUGCCUGUUGGAGAAGUGGUGAAGGAAGGAUUUGGCCUGGCAUUCAUUGCAUAUCCAGAUGCUCUGUCUAAGCUUCCUAUUUCCCCUCUGUGGUCCAUUUUGUUCUUCUUCAUGCUUUUCACUGUCGGUCUGGACUCACAGUUUGCAGGAAUAGAGGUGAUCACCACCUGCCUGCUCGAUGCCUUCCCUAAAAUAUUCAAGUCCAAACGAGCUUUAUUGACUAUUACGACGUCUGCCAUCCUCUACCUGCUGGGACUGCCAUGUGUCACAAGGGCAGGAAUAUACUGGGUGACUCUAAUUGACCAGUUUGCUGCCAGCUGGGUGCUGCUAUGUUUGGCUCUCUUGGAGAUCAUUGGUGUCUGCUACAUAUAUGGAGGGAACCGUUUUAUUAAAGACAUUGAGAUGAUGAUCGGAAAAAAGAGUUUCAUAUUCUGGCUGUGGUGGAGAGCAUGUUGGUUCUUCAUCAGUCCCUGCAUCAUAGUGGUGAUCCUGAUCUGGUCUCUGAUGACAGUUACGCCACCCCUCUAUGGAGGAGUCCAGUUCCCAGUCUGGGGUUUGGCUCUGGGCUGGUGCAUGGCUAUAUUUAUGCUCCUCUGGGUCCCCAUCGUCGCUGUGUAUAAGCUGAUGAAAGCCGAAGGAAGCCCUUGGAAGCGUCUGAAGUCGUUGUGCUCUCCAGUUGAAGAAUGGCAUCCCUAUCUGGACGUCCAUCGAGGAGAGCGCUACUCACAAGAUCGUUGUCGCCUGAGGAUGAGCCAUAGAACCAAACCAGAAACAAAUGUGAAUGUAAUCUCGAGCUCAUGGCUCUGA